UAUCUCUCGACGACUCAGCAGCACCAUCAGCAUGGGCAGCCUCAUGUACGGAGGCGCUGCGGCUAGCUCUUCCGGGGCCAGCAAGGCUCCGCAAGCUGACCUUGGCCUGGACUCUUCGGGCGAGAAAUCGUUCAUCUCCUUCUUCAAGUCGAUGCCGGAGAAGCCUAGCGCGACGGUCAGGAUCUUUGAUCGAGGCGACUUCUACUCAGCUCACGGCGAUGAUGCCCUCUUCGUAGCCACGUCCGUAUUCAAGACUUCUUCGGUCAUCAAAUACCUUGGCGGUGGAAGCAAUGCCCUGCCCUCUGUGACCAUGACCCCCUCAACUGCCAAGACGUUCCUUCGUGACGCGCUUACAGCUAGGCAGAUGAGGAUCGAGAUUUGGAAGGGAGGAGGCAAGAGGAGCAAUGGAUGGACAUUGGGGACGCAGGCAUCCCCUGGCAAUCUGCAAGGCGUCGAAGACCUCCUCUUCGUCCACACGGACAUUGCCUCUUCGCCCAUCGUCAUGGCGAUCAAGCUUCGCUCCAUCGAUGGCGUGCCGCAUAUUGGCGCCGCUUUUGCAGACGCUACCAAUCGCACGCUCGGCGUCUCAGAGUUUGCUGACAAUGACCUCUUCAGCAACGUCGAGUCGCUACUCAUCCAAUUGGGUGUCAAGGAGUGCCUCUUGGCAGCAGAGAAGAACGACCCGGACGCUGAUCGACUGUGGAGGGUCGUAGACCGCUGUGGCGUAAUCAUCACCGAGCGUAAAAAGGGAGAGUUCACUGGCGCAAACAUCGAACAGGACAUCGAUCGACUGCUUCUUCGCGACGAAGGCGCUCCCGCCACACUCCCCGAGCUGAACCUCAAGCAGGCAAUGGGCGCCAUGAACUCUCUCAUUUCCUACCUUGGCCUUCUUCACGAUGAUACGAACUUUGGCCAAUUCCGCAUCACCACCCACGACCUCUCUCAGUUCCUCCGCCUCGACGCAUCAGCCGUGCGAGCCUUGAGCCUCUUCUCCGAACCAGGUCAAGGAGGCGGCGCAGGCAACCGCCAGCUGAGCGUCCAUGGCCUUCUCAACAAGUGUAAGACGGCGCAGGGCACCCGCCUCCUCAGCCAGUGGCUCAAGCAGCCCCUCGUCAACCUUCACGAGAUUCAAAAACGACACGACCUCGUCGAAGUCUUUGUGGAUGACGCCAUGACUCGUCAGGCGUUGCAGAACGACUACCUGAAGCUCAUGCCGGACCUGCACCGCCUGUCCAAGAAGUUUCAAAAGGGCGUCGCAACUCUCGAGGACGUGGUUCGCGUCUACCAAGCCGUGCUGCGGCUAGCGGACCUCACACAAGCCAUUGCAGACACCGAGUGCUCCACGCCCGCCCUACGCCAGAACCUGGACGAGGUCUUUGUUGAACCUCUCCGUGAGCACGAUGAAAAUCUCGCCAAGCUAGUAGAGAUGGUUGAGGCCACGCUUGAUCUCGCUGAGCUGGAGCACCAUAACUUUGUCAUCAAGCCCGACUUCGACGAGAAGCUUCGCCGGAUUCGCGAUGAGCUAGACGCUGUACGUGACCAGUUGGAUGAGGAGCACCGCAGCGCAGGCAAGGAGCUCAAGUUGGAGCUGGACAAGAAGUUGCACCUCGAAAACCACUCCUCCUACGGGUGGUGCAUGCGCGUGACCCGUAGCGAGGCGUCUGCACUCAAGGGCAAGCGGGGCUACUCGGAGAUCACCACCAUCAAAGGUGGGGUCUACUUUACGACUGCGAAGAUCAAGGACUUGGACGCGGAGUUCCAGUCACUCAGCAGCCAGUACGAUACGCAGCAGAGCGGGCUGGCGAAGAACGUCGUCGAGAUUGCGGCGUCGUACUGCUUGCCUCUGGAGCAGCUCAACGUCAAGCUCGCCACGCUGGACGUCAUCGUCAGCUUUGCGCAUGUAUCAGCGAACGCUCCUGAGCCCUACGUACGUCCUGUGCUUCAUGAAAGGAGCAAAGCUGUUGGCUCUAGCACCGGCUCCGCAGCUGCGCCGCUCAAAGCAAUGCAAGCGCGCCACCCGGUCCUCGAAGUCCAAGAAGAUGUCAGCUUCAUUGCCAACGAUGUCGAGAUGGUUCCUGACUCAUCCGAAUUCCUCGUCAUCACCGGCCCCAACAUGGGCGGCAAGUCAACCUUUAUCCGUCAAGUAGGCAUCCUAGCCCUUCUUGCCCAGUCAGGCUGCUUCAUCCCAGCAGCAGCCGGCGCCGAGCUGCCCAUCUUUGACUGUAUUCUAGCCCGUGUCGGCGCAGGGGACUCGCAGCUCAAGGGGGUCUCCACUUUCAUGCAGGAGAUGCUGGAGCUUGCGCAAAUCCUACGGACGGCUACGCCCGACUCACUCGUGCUGAUCGACGAGCUUGGGCGCGGCACGUCCACGUAUGACGGCUUCGGCAUCGCCUAUGCCGCGUCUGAGUGGAUGGCUACCAAGGUCAGGUGCAAGACAUUGUUCGCCAGUCACUUUGCGGAGAUUACGAGCUUGGCAGAUCAGCUCGCGCACGUCAAGAAUCUCCAUGUCGCGGCGCAUGUGAGCAGUAAGACUGGGCAGGGGGCUGGUAAGCAGGACAGGGAUAUCACGCUGUUGUACAAGGUGAAGGAGGGCAUCUCGGAUCGCUCUUACGGUAUCCACGUUGCCGAGCUGGCCGGCUUCCCACCGUCCGUCAUCCGCCUUGCGAAGCGCAAGGCUGAAGAGCUCGAAGACUAUGCGUCUGACGACGAAGACGAGGGUGAGCACGGCGCUGCGCUCGAUAUGCCUCAGCCAGCCAUCGACAAGGGGACGGCGCUUGUUGAGGAGUUCUUGGCCGAAUGGGCGAAGAGGAGCGCGAAGAGGCCGAAGAGCGGGGCAGAGGGUGAAGGGGACGCUGAAGGGGAGUUGGAAGAAUUGCGCAAGGUGACGGAGGAGUAUCGCGAGCGUAUCGAGAAGGACCCGUGGGCGCAGAGGGUUUUGGCCAGCUUCUGACCUGCAUCAAAAUGUCAGUCGUGAUAACCAGCCAGCACGACAUGAGGCGCGAAGACUGCGACAGUGACAUUGGUUUUUGGAUUCAAAGGGAUCAGAGGCAACGCAAAGCGGAUAUAAUACAGCGGG